CCACAUGCAUGUCACAAAUGUUUGAUUGGCACACACUCCCUGAGAGGAGGAGUUAGCGGGAUUUCUCUUUUAGCUUGGUUGACUGCCGGUCUCUCUCUCCUGCUCUGGAGGCACAAGUUGCUUCUUCCCUAACCUCAACUUCAUUCUUCAGGUCUGGGUUGUGCUCUUCUGCCUCAGCCAUGGCACCGAAAAAGAACAGGACGACCAAGAAGAGCAAAGGAGACAUCAAUGAGAUAACAAUCAUGGUUGAGGACAGCCCUGUCAACAAGAUCAACGGGCUGAACACACUGUUAGACGGAGGAAAUGGGUUCAGCUGCAUUUCCACCGAGGUUACGGAUUCCGUCUAUGCCCCCAACCUCCUGGAGGGUCUGAGCACCAUGCGGCACGAGAGCUUCCUGUGCGAUCUCACAGUGUCCACCAAGUCUAAGUCCUUUGACGUCCACAAGGUCGUCAUGGCCUCAUGCAGCGACUACAUUCGCAACAUCUUGAAAAAAGAUUCCGCGCUGCAGAAAAUCGACUUGACUGACCUCUCCCCUGUCGGCCUGGCUACAACGAUCACAUACGCAUACUCGGGAAAGCUCACCUUGUCGCUCUACAGCAUCGGCAGCACCAUCGCGGCGGCCAUGCUCUUGCAGAUCGGCACCUUAGUGAAGAUGUGCAGCGACUUCCUCAUGCAGGAGCUCACUGUGGAGAACUGCAUGUACGUGGCCAACAUCGCAGAUGCCUACAAUCUUAAAGAAGCCAAGGAGGCGGCGCAGAAGUACAUGCGGGAAAACUUUAUAGAGUUCUCCGAGAUGGAACAGUUCUUAAAGCUCACCUAUGAGCAGAUCAGCGACUUCCUCACAGACGAUUCCCUGCGUCUUCCAUCGGAGGUCACCGCUUUCCAGAUCGCCAUGAAGUGGUUGGACUUUGACGACAAGAGGUUGAAGUACGCUGCCGAUCUCCUGACUCACAUCCGCUUUGGCACCAUCUCCGCGCAAGAUCUUGUAAACCACAUCCAGAGCGUGCCAAGGAUGAUGCAAGACCCCGAGUGCCACCGUCUUCUGGUGGAUGCCAUGAACUACCACCUGCUGCCAUACCAGCAGAAUAUCCUCCAGUCCAGAAGGACAAGGGUGCGCGGUGGCCUCAAGGUGAUACUGACUGUCGGAGGACGGCCCGCCUUGACGGAGAAGUCUCUUAGCAAGGAGGUUCUCUACAGAGAUGUCGAUAACGUGUGGAAUCGCUUGACAGAAAUGCCAGCCAAGAGCUUUAAUCAGUGUGUGGCGGUCUUGGACGGUUUCCUGUAUGUGGCUGGAGGCGAGGACCAGAAUGAUGCGAGGAACCAGGCCAAGCAUGCCGUCAGCAACUUCUGCAGGUAUGACCCCCGCUUUAACACUUGGAUCCACCUGAAUAACAUGAUCCAAAGACGCACCCACUUCAGCCUCAGCACCUUCAACGGUCUACUCUUCGCCAUCGGAGGCCGUAACACAGACGGUGUCCAGGCUUCGGUGGAGUGCUACGUGCCAUCGUCCAACCAGUGGCAAAUGAAAUCGCCAAUGGAGGUGCCCCGCUGCUGUCACGGCAGCUCGGUCAUUGACGGCAAGAUCCUGGUUUCGGGAGGCUACAUCAACAACGCCUACUCCAGAGCCGUGUGCUCGUACGACCCGUCCACCGACAGCUGGCAGGAUAAAAGCAGCCUGAGCUCGCCUCGAGGUUGGCACUGUGCCGCCACAGUGGGCGACCGCGCCUAUGUCAUCGGUGGCAGUCAGCUGGGAGGUCGCGGAGAGAGGGUGGACGUCCUGGCAGUGGAAUCCUUCAACCCUCAUUCGGGGCAGUGGAGCUACUGCACUCCUCUUCACACGGGCGUAAGCACGGCCGGUAUUUCCAUUUUGAACAACAAGAUAUAUCUACUCGGGGGCUGGAACGAGGGCGAGAAGAAGUACAAGAAGUGCAUUCAGGUGUACAACCCUGACCUCAAUGAAUGGACUGACGAUGAUGAAUUGCCAGAAGCGACAGUGGGCAUUUCCUGCUGCGUUGUCACCAUACCCGCAAAGAAAACAACACGAGAAUCAAGAGCCAGCUCUGUUUCCUCUGCACCAGUCAGUAUAUAGGCAUUAGAUAGCCAGGUACUUUACCUGCUUGUAUAGGACUCUAAUUGUCUGUUGCAUUAAUAUCGCUCUAUGGUUUUGUCAAGUGGCGGAAAAGCGUCUUUAACUGGGUCUUUUAUGUUAAUGAGACAGACAAACUUUCCAUAGUCAUCCAUUACAACAAUCAGGUUAAUGUUAGAAAUGUGUUUCUCUACGGGGCCAAUUUAGAUGUUAGUAUUUCCAUACAUCCAUUUUCUAUACCGCUUAUCCUCAACAGCUGACUUCGGGCUUAGAAUUGGCAGAUAUAAACAAACAACCAUUGACAAUCCAGAGUCUGCAAUUAACCGAACAUGCAUGUUUUUUUUGCAAAACCCAGAGACGCACGGGUAGAACACGCAAACUCCACACAGAGAUGUCCAAACGGAGAUUUGAACCGAGAUCUCCUGACUCUCUGGCCUACAUCUAACCACUAAGACACCACGCAGCCAUAUCAGUAUUUCAUUAGCCCUUAUUCUGAACAGUCCAUCUUUUACCUAUUGUACCUAAAAUUUAAAGAUGCUACAGAAGAAGGGCUACUGUUGAUAUUUCAAUAGCCCUUAUUCUGUUGCAUCUUUAAAUAAAAGGUAAAGAUGGGCAAUUCAAAGUAUGACGCAGAUGAGAGGGAAGGUGCAGCAGCAUGAGAAAAAAGCUAUUUUUAAAUAAAUUGAUUUUAAUCUGGAAUGAACAUAAAAAUCCACAAAAUAUGCUCCUGAAAAUGUUUGGAGGAGCAUCCCCGCACAUAUUAUAUUCUCAAGGAGAGGUUAACUGUACAAAACCUUUUUUUUACAUUAUAUACGUAAAAAAAAUCUUGCUACUAAAAGGGUUUGCAAGGCUUUUUAGAAACAUGGUUCCUUCAUUAUGGAAAAUGACAUACACCGUAAACAAGUUCAUGAUGAACACUUUGCCUACAAUAUAUGAACACAUUUUAUGUGGGCCAAUAAAAACGAAAUUUUGACCCAUUUUGGGUCUUAAAACCCUGAGUUUGAGAAACCCUGAUUUAUGGUGAUUACAGAGCUCAGAUACUUAAGGAGGAAAAACGCUGGAAUAAAUGGGGCAACACCUGCCAGGAGUAGGUGUUGUAAAUUGUCGUCAUCAACAGCAUCGGUGAGUAGAAGAAAUGUUGCAAGGAUGGGGAUGAUGAAUGUGUUUAGAAAACUAUUUUGUAAAAAAAAAAUAUACAUAUACUGUAUCAGGAGAUGAUGUUUCUGCCUGGGUUGUCAUGGAAAUAAUAAUUUUCAUGGUUGCUCAUGAUUUUUAUUUUUUUUUUCUAAAUUAAAGAAGUUACAUAACACGA